AUGCUAGACGACAUUUCUAGUUCAAAGAGUUGUUGGGAGCAGGAUCUCGGACCUGAAAAUUAAUCGCAUUUCUUAGAAAAGUACUUUUAUGACUUAAUUACUGAUAAUUGUGAUCAAAUAUUAACAAACACCUUAUAUAGAACCUUAAUAGAGUAGAAAUCAGAUAAGAAAACUUUAGAAACAAUCUUAACUAGAUACAUAUAGGAAUAAAUUGAUUUGCAACAACGCUAAAAGAUUCAUUCCAAAUACUUUUUUGCUAAAUCAGUUGUUUCUCUGAAAAAAUUAAUCUAAUAAUUUAGACAAUUAUUAGUUCCAGAAGAAAAUAUCAAUAAUACUAGCAGCACUUUAAGUUAAUCAAUUGAGAAAAAAAACAAAAGUGGAUUUUUCCAGAAUUCAGAAUUUAUAGAAUUAUAUGAAAACGAAUAUUUCAAAGAAAUUGGCGAACUUAAUUAGGGAGAAUUAAUUUAUAUAGAUGUUAGGUUUCGUAUUACAAACUCAUAAUUAAAAGAAGAACUAUAUAAAAUAAGAUCCCACAUAUUGAAAUAAUUGCUAUAUUAAACAAGCACUGAUGAAAAGUAUCAAUAUAUUGUAAUUUAGUUUCUUUUAAACAUUUAAUG